UCAUCCUCUGCUAGCAUGUAAUCAGUUUGAUAAGCAUGAAUAUAACCAUUCAUGGGCUCUGUUGCCUAUUCUAUUUGGAAACAGUUUAACAGUUUACCAUAUUUUCCAUGUUUUGUCCUUUAUUUUUCUUUUAUAUGUUAGGCAUAUAUCAGAGAGGGAUUACUGUGAGUUUGAUUCUCUAAAGAAAGUACAGCAAGCUAGCAAACAUUUUACUGUAGUUAAAAACAGGCAAGUAUCUGGGAACCUGCAGUUCUAACUGCUGCCUUUGGGCUGGUUGCACAAAAGGUACUUUGUAUUCUGAACCUGAACUCAGUGACUAAAUGCUACCUUUCACGAUGCAGCUUCGUACAGUGAAUUUUACUACAGUCUGACUGGGCAGGGGCAUUGGUCUGCUGGUGUUUUAGCUCAUGCAUAUACUUGUGCUUUGUGAGAUGAUGAUGAGAUUCUGAGGCCUUGCAGAAGCUUGCUUUUGGGUUUGAUGGUCCACCUCAAAAGAGCAUUCAUGCAGUCUUGCACUUAACAUCUGACUUUAUAUGCAGGUUGUGGUGCUUGCCCAUACCUAGAAAGAUGAAUGACUGGAUUUCAAGCACUGUCUGCCUCUUAUUGCUAUUGAGUAGUGUUUGCACCCAGAAGAGCCAAGAUCUCCGCUGUGGAGCAUGCCGGGCUCUGGUGGAUGAGCUGGAAUGGGAAAUAUCUCAAGUAGAUCCGAAAAAAACUAUCCAAAUAGGUUCCUUCCGCAUUAACCCUGAUGGAAGCCAGUCCGUAGUAGAGGUGCCUUAUGCCAGAUCUGAGGCUCACCUGACAGAACUGUUGGAGCAUAUCUGUGAGAACAUGAAUAACUAUGGUGAGAAGGUGGAGCCUUCAACUCACAGGAAGAACUACGUGAGAGUGAUCUCCUUUGAUGGGACCAAGAUGGAUCUUUCUGAAACUAAAUUUGAUGGUGAUGUGACAUCAAGAUUGAAGUUUGCAUGUGAACAUAUAGCUGAAGAGUACGAAGAUGAGCUCAUAGAAUUCUUUUCCCACGAGGCAGAAAAUGUCAAGGACCGGCUAUGCAGUAAACGAACAGCAUCCCUCAGUCUUUCAAAAGGCUCCUGCAGACAAGUAGUUCAGACCAUUGAUCUCUGUGACCACGCCUUACAUCUCCCACAUGAUGAACUGUGAAGCAAAGGCUGACUGACCUGGUAGAAGACUUUGCCAAAUUCUUUGUAGACUGUUUCCCUUUUUUCAAGCACCUGUUGUCCCAGCCGUUGUCUUUCAAUUUGGGAGAAAAUGCAGAACACCCUGGAAACUGAACACUGUAUUUCAGAGGAGAGCAGAAAGUCCCAAGACAAGCUUCUUUAUAGAAUUUUGUGAAGCAAACACAAGAUGAUGGAUCCAUCAUUUGACUUUUUUAAGCACACACUAAUUAGAUUUCUUUCUUUUGUAAAAGGAAAGGAGGGAUUUCUGUCUGAGGAUCGAAGUCCACUUUCCUACUGCAUAGCCAUUGUUACUGUGUUCUAAUUUUUAAACAAAAAAUGCUUUGUAUGCAAAUUGAAUUGUAGAUUGACUCAGGCAACCAGCAAUAGAAUUUCCAGAUUCAGUUCCAAACCAGAAUUUGAGGAGAAGAAUCUUGUAAUUCCACUGUGGCUCUUGAACCCAUCUUGUUAAGAUCUGGGGCAGGGCAAUCAUUUGUAUAACCUUUCUCUGAAUGAGGAAGAGAAACAGAACCUAUCUAGAUGUCCUCAUUAUAAAGCCAAAGAGAGAACCAUUGUAUAGAGCCUCCCCCAUCUUCAGCACAAACGUGAACUAUCCUUGUGAUGGCCAUAUGGAGGCCCAUUUGGUUAUUACAUGAUUCAGCUGUGUUGUGUGAAGAGCCACUUGACCUCAGGCAGUGGCUUCUAGGAGCUAUUGGCAUAUUACAGAAAUUCUGCACAAAGCAUUCAGGUCAGAUAGCAAGCCAAUCGUGACUAUAGUCUGUAUAUGGAGUGGCUACCACACAACCAUCUUUUUUAUUGGCUAUUAAGUGACUAUAUAGAUUGGCUGUUACCUUGCUCGAAGGCCAGUGUGUGAGAUGUGAGAUUCAGGAAUCUGAUUGGGAGCAUCAGACACUUGGGGAAUGGGGAAAAUAUUGUACUCUUCAAAGGCCUUUUUACAUGUUUUAUAACAGUUUCUUUUAACAUAUGUUUUCAAAGGUGGAUAAAAUAUAUUCCAGUGAUGGCAAGAAAAUAAACUGAAAUUGGGUCCUACUCUAA